AGAGGAACCUAGCAGGCUAAAGCCGACGACUAGUAGUCACUUAGGUGUACAAAGGUGGCCGUGAAGACACCGCUCCUACAUCCCUACCGUGUGGCGCGGAGGCCUCCUUAACUCGCAGCCAUGAUUCCAUGUUCCGCUCGUCACGCCUCGCCGCGGUUCCUGCAGCGUACCGCCGUGGACAUCGCCGCAUUCUUCGCUAUUCCCAGCCGUACGAACAGCCACCGAACUCCCCCCGAGGUGGCUCCCACGCAGUUCCAGCCUCCAUCGCAUCCUCCUGCUGUAGAGGCAUUGUCGAGAUCUCCCUAUUCGGUGAGAGCUCCGCUUUUCGAGGGCGAUUCCGGGAUCGACCGCCGGGAAUCAGUUCGAUGCUUGCAACGCGAAGCUCGCUUUCUGGCCCGGCGGACUCGAACUCGGAGUGUCGAAGUCGAUGGCGAAAGGGAUGCGAGGAGUUACCGCAAUCGCCCGUGCGCUGCUGGGCGAAGCGACGACAGUAACGCCGUUGCGAGUUGGCGAACGCGUCACGUUUGCGACCAUGCGAAACGGAGUUACAGCAGUAGCGACGUCGCGAAUGGAAUCCGCGGUGGGGAAGCGGCAGCCGUUGUAAAAGAUUUCCCCGAGCAAUGUAAGCGAGAAAUGGCGGGCACCCAAGCGUCUCCAGAACCCGAGGCGUCUCUUGCUGCUAACGGGCAUGCCGGCGGGAAUACAAGCCUCUCCGGGAACCCAGCGACGCAGAGCCUGUGCGACGUUCCUGUUGUGCGACGGGCGUCGUCGUACGGGCGAGUGGACGACGCGCUGCUCCGUCGCCUGCAAUCCAUCGUGGGCGACUCCAACGUGACGACGAACCGAACGGUGCUGGAGCAGCAUGGCAGGGACGAGUCGUACCACGAGCCCAUGCCACCAGACGCAGUGGUCUUCCCCCAGUCAACGCACCACGUGCAGCAGCUCGUAGCCGCAUGCGCCGCCCGCCGCGUGCCCAUCAUUCCCUAUGGAGCGGGCACGUCUCUGGAAGGACACGUGGCAGCGUUGUGUGGGGGAGUGUCCAUCGAUCUAUCGCAACUGAGCCAGGUGCUGGAGGUGCAUGCAGAGGACAUGGACUGCAGGGUGCAGGCUGGGGUGACACGGCAGCAGCUCAACCACCAUCUCCACGACUCGGGGCUCUUCUUUCCCGUCGACCCGGGCUCAGAGUGCACCAUAGGGGGCAUGGCAGCAACAAGAGCAUCAGGCACCAAUGCUGUUCGCUAUGGCACCAUGCGAGAGGCAGUGCUGGGAGUCACAGCAGUGCUGCCCAACGGGCAGGUCAUAAAAACGGGCAGCCGGGCACGAAAGUCUUCAUCAGGCUACGACUUAACACGGCUGAUCGUGGGGAGUGAGGGCACGCUGGCUGUUGUCACCGAGGUGUCGCUCCGCCUCUUCCCCCAACCCGAGGCCGUCUCUGCUGCUGUCUGCCCCUUCACCUCUGUCGCUGGUGCUGUCGACACGGUGAUCGAGACCAUUCAAACUGCCAUUCCAGUAGCCCGCAUCGAGUUUCUCGACGAAGUGCAGGUAGAUGCAGUGAACCGCUACUCCAAGACGCACCUGGAGCUGAGCCCCACGCUGUUCUUUGAGUUCCACGGCACGGCUGCUGCCGUUGAGGAGCAGGCAAAGCAGGUAUCAACCAUAGCCUCAUCUUACGGCGGGGGCUCCUUCCAGUGGUCCACAGCCCCUGAGGAGCGCUCCAAGCUGUGGGCUGCUCGUCACUCCGCCUACUACGCUGCUCUGGCGCUCAGACCAAACAGCAAAGGUCUCCUAGCAGACGUGUGUGUGCCCAUCUCUCGCCUCACAGAGCUCGUCCUAUUGGCCAAGGAGGAGAUAAGGCAGACGCAGCUGGUGGCACCUAUUGUGGGGCAUGUGGGGGAUGGCAACUUCCAUGUGCUCUUUAUAGUCGACCCAGACGAUCAGGCUGAGCUGGCAGCGGUCAAGCGAGUCAACGACAGCCUUGUGGCUCACGCCAUUGCUGUGGGCGGCACGUGCAGUGGCGAGCAUGGUGUGGGCUAUGGCAAGCUGCCAUUUUUGGAGUCGGAGCAUGGGCGAGCGGCGUUAGACGCCAUGGCAGCACUCAAGGCCGCAUGGGACCCCCUCAACCUCUUCAACCCGGGAAAGAUUGGCCAGUUCAUCCCACCCUAGAUCUGGUAGUUCUGAGGCAUUUCAAAAGCAUGGGACCCAGUCAGCCUCUUCAGCCCGGGUUAGAUAGGCCAACUCCACCCUGCCUGAUCGUUUUGCCAUGUGACAUUUCCAGAAUAAUCAGUCAGCUGCUUGUAAGUUUCAGCUUUCGUCUACACUGUACGACGCUGCUAUCUGCACAACUACCAAAUUUAAAUCGCCUUUCAU